AUGGGUCUCACGCUUGCAGAGCUCAGCGCGGAAGUGGCUUUUGCAGAAGCUCAGCGAAGCGAUCUGCACGCGGCCGGCGCGGCCGGGCCAUUAUCGACUGAAAAGGCAGCAGCCGCACUUCUAAGCGGCCUCUUCUCUCCAGUCGCUCUGCAGUGGAAGACCGAAAUCGCCAACGGUCUCACGGCCACAGUCAGGGCCGAAGUUUCCCGGGAAUUGACAUGUUGGCCUCCGGAGUGGGUGCAUCUCACGGUCUCCCAUGCAGAGGGUGUCAGCGAUGAUCGGCUACAGCGCUGUCUGGAGAUCAAGGUGCCCUCCAGUGUGUUGCCAGCACAACUGGACAAGAUCUUGGCAGGUGCAAGCUUCACAGGAUCGAACUGCGAGGCAGAGGAGGCCUCGACAUCAAAUUUGUCGGACGAGACAAUGGCAAUCAUCGAUCAGUGUCAGGCUCGUGGCAUCUCGCAGCCCAUGUCCUUGGCGCAAUGGCAUCAUGCAGUCUGUGGGCACCAUGCCCUUUUCAACCUACGCUGCCUCCUCUCUGGCGACUCCUCCUUUCUGCAAAACGAGCCACGCUUCUGGUGCCAAGCUCUUUGCGACAUUGAGCGAUUGGCUCGGCACGGGGAGACCAGCGGCAGCUGGCCCAGGAGUCGCGUCACGGGUGGAAUAGCCGACGAGGUGCACCUGAGGCAUUUGGUCAGCACAGACCCUGCUCUCUCUGGCCGGGUGAGUGUGGCUUCUUCUUUGGAGAGUUUACAGGAGCAGCUUCAGUUGUCCUCGCACACGCAUGGAGUUCACGGCUUUUUGCUGGGCGGAGCUACUCACUGGUACAGCGCUGCAGUUGUGAGCCGAGAUAGGCUUACGAGACCAGGACACAACAAGAUUUACUUCUUUGACUCCUACAACACACCACUGGCGGCAGUGAUGUCAAAUGCAGAUAUCGAGUCCAUGGUGGAAGAGCAGCUAUGUGUCAGUCGAACGAGCUCGAUGGAUGCUUUGAAGCAGAAUCCUGCUUGGGCUCACAAGCCAAACGCUCAUCUGGAAACUGCUUUCGAGGAGGGAGUGGAAGAAUGGUGGAAGGGGGUCAGAAAAGCUUCUGUGUUCUGGCAGCAUAAGCCACUGGAUGUGCGCCGACAACUGAUGCGCAUGGACUUGCAACUAGUCAGAGAUUUCUUGCGAGUUCUGGCAGACGCCUAUUGCUCUGCCUGA